GGCAGUGGCAGCUGGCCGAGCUGGAAGGGAGGGAGGGAGCUGUUCAGGCAGGCAACAGGUGGCUCAGUAGGGUGGGCUUCAGGUGUUCUUUUGUCGACCUCAGCUCCUCAGAGGUUAUAAGUUGGAAAGUGCACACACACACCUAAAAUGGGCACCUUUUCGCAGACGACCUUGGUUUGCUGCCUUCUUGUUGCUGGCAUAUGCUGCGGAAGAGGCGUCGAUGGGGCGGUUGGGACCUCUGACAAAAAGCCACGGAGGCAGCCUGUAGAUAGCGGCGGCUUGGGAACCGGUGAUCAUGGCCCAGAUUGCAGCAAAGUGUGCGUUGCAAAGGACUGCAAUACGAUGGGUCUUCGAUACGGCAAGUACUGCGGGGUAGGCUGGACCGGGUGCCCAGGAGAGGAACCAUGUGAUCCGUUGGACGCGUGUUGCAAAAAGCACGAUGAGUGCUGUGUGAAGCACGGGCUUCUACACAACCCAUGCCAUAAAGCCUUCAAGAAAUGCAUGGCUCGAGUGAGAGCCACAGGAAAGAAGGGCUUUUCCGCAGAGUGUCCGUACAGUGUAGCGAUUCCCGCUAUGGAACAAGGUAUGGACCUUGCUAUGAUGUUCGGCCAAGGGGGCAUGCAACAAUUUGCUGCAAUGUAAAAUCCUUCUAGAUUUGAGAGAAGGUCGCAUAACCAACAAUUCACUGUUACACCUGACAGAUUUUGCACAUACGUGAUUAUCAUUGGAUUGAGAUGGACAUUUCCACAGCGGCUCAAGGGGUGGACGUCUAACAUAAGCCGCAGGUGAUUGUGGAGAAUGUUGCACAC